AUGCCACCAGUAAAAAUACCCAAUCCCAGAGUCAUUUUCUCGGGCAUCCAGCCUACGGGCGUGCCUCACCUGGGCAACUAUGUCGGCGCCUUGCGACAAUGGGUUCAGCUUCAACGCACCGAGCCAGAUGCCAAGCUCAUCUACUCCAUUGUAGAUCUUCAUGCUAUUACUAUGCCGCAACCGCCGGAGCAGUUGAGAAGGAGGAAGAGGGAGGCAUUGGCUGCUCUUUUGGCUAUUGGUAUCGAUCCUGAGAGGGCGACAAUGUUCUAUCAAUCUUCAAGUAAACUCAAUCUUGGUGAGAAAUCCACCAUAGACGACAAGCAAGCCGGCUCUCGCCUCAAGCUCGGCCUUUUUUCGUAUCCUGUCCUUCAAGCCGCCGAUAUUCUCGUUCACAGAGCAACUCAUGUUCCUGUUGGACAUGACCAGCAGCAACACCUUGAGUUUGCCCGAGAAUGCGUGACAAACUUCAAUGCGGCGUAUGGCAACCAUCUUGUUUCCCCUCAAACUCUCAUCCCCCCGGUUCACCGAGUGAUGUCUCUCAAUGACCCGACAUCCAAAAUGUCCAAAUCCCACAAAUCGGAAAAGUCACGCAUUCUUAUCACAGACUCUCCUGAGAAUAUCAAGGCCAAGAUUGGCUCCGCAAAGACAGACUCCAUACCCGGCAUCGCUUACAAUCAGGCCGAGCGGCCAGGUAUCUCCAACCUAUUGGAUAUCUUGUCUAUCUUUGACAUUGAGGGCAGGAAAGGUGUGGAGCUUGCAGAGCAGUACAACGACAUCAGUCCCAAGCAACUCAAGGACAUGGUUACCGAUGCCGUAGUUGGUGGUUUGGCCGGUAUCCGUGACAAGUACCUUGAAUUGUUAGACAAGGGAGACGGGUAUCUUGAUUCGGUUGAGAGAAUUGGUGCUCAAAAGGCACAGAAGAGUGCUGAUGAUACCAUGCAAAUUGUUCGGGACUCUGUUGGGCUUUGA